AUGAGGAGGAAUUGCUCUACCCUGAAGGAUUAUGAAAUCCAGGCUGGCAUACUUAAGGGCAGACUUUUGGAGAAGGGUUAUGACCCUGAAUCUUUGGAGAUGUCUAUUCAAGUCUACAUGGACAUCUCUCUGCCUCUCAGUGGCCAGCCCUCCCUCAACAGCCCUUCUAGGUCUGACCAGCAGCAUAAUGAGUCCCACGGUCGCAGCGGGUCUUCUAGGUCACAUCACCGGCACUCAUCCUCCAGACACCAUAGUUCAUCCAGAACUGGUCAUGCUAGUAGAAGUACUCCUCAUCUCUCCCCCCAUGAUGAAAGAUUGGAAAACUCUUGCUGGGGGUGCAAGGCUUCGUUAUCUAUUAACAAAUCCCUUUGUGAUCAUUGUUUCUCUAAAGUAGCCAAUGAAAGGGGAGGUGCAGAUAAACACCUGGAAGCUCUUGUUAAAAGGGUCGUGGAUAAAUCCCUGCAGGAGAGAGAUACUAGAAUACAGCAGGACUCUCCUGUAGACCCAAUGAUUCCCUUAUUGGAUCAGGGACAUUUACAUGAAGUCUUCGCAGCCACUCAGGCCAGCCAGUCGGCUGCCUCUCCUUCAGAAAGUGGUUCAGAAUUGGAGGAUACAGUAAUAGGCUUUGAUUAUGCCUUAGUCCCUGCCUUAGUGAAAGCUAUUAAGGAAGCCUUGAAUUUGGAGGAUCCAGCUACUUCUCCCCCUAAACAGAGAAAACUCUUUAAACAGCUCAACAAGGAGCGACAUUACUUCCCGUUUAUUACGGAGAUAGGCGCCAUUAUUUCUAAUGAGUGGAGUAAACCUGAUAAGAAAGGCUCUAUGCAGUCGAAGAUUACAAAAUUAUAUCCCUUUAAACAAGAAGAUGUGACACAUCUUGAAACUGCCCCGUCAGUGGACGCAGCGUUGAUGCGUUUGGUGAAGUAUGUGACCCUUCCCUUGGAAGACACAGUUUCUUUUAAAGAUCCUUUGGAAAGACGGAUCGAUUCGGACCUAAAGAGAAUUUACUUGACAGCAGGGUCCGCUUGUAAACCCAUUCUGGCUAUAGCAGCUGCCUCAAAAGCCUUAGAAGCCUGGUCUGACAGUGUUAAUGAUCCCUUUAAGAAGCAAACUAAAGGCACUACUUCUAACAGCCAGGAAUCUACGAAGUCUUUUUGA